ACUCGGGAAGUCGGACAGAGAUUGUUAGAAAACGCGCACCUGUUGAACGAACGUCGAAACAGUACCUAGACUUUACCUAGACUUUUGGCCUGUGUCUGAACAUUCAGAAUGGCGGACACUAUAUUAUCAAACGGAUGCAAAGAGAAUCCAGCUGUUGAAAACGGCUAUUUUAAAAAGGGUUGUAACCCUUUUGCCCAGACUGGGCGCAGCAAGCUGCAGAACAAGAGAGCCGGACUCAACCAGCAGAUCAUCAAGCAGAUGAGGAUGAGGGCAGGAGCAGAGAACCUCCUCCGGGCAACAUCCAAUAACAAAGUGCGUGAGAUGGUGGUCCUGGAGCUGAGCUAUGUGAACUCGAACCUGCAGCGACUCAUGGAACAACUGGAGGGCCUCAACAGCUCUGUGGAAGUCUACCAGAACGUUCAAGAAACUUCCAGUAUCCCACUGAUUCCACUGGGGCUGAAGGAGACCAAAGAGGUGGAUUUCUCUGUUGCUUUCAAGGACUUCAUCCUAGAACAUUACAGUGAAGAUGGCUCCAACUAUGAGAAUGAGAUUGCUGACCUUAUGGAUCUGCGCCAGGCCUGUCGUACCCCCAGCCGCAGUGAGGCAGGAGUUGAGCUGCUGUCCAACUACUUCAGCCACCUGUCCCUGGUGGAGAACAGGUUCUUCCCCCCUACCCGUCAGAUGGGCAUAUUCUUCACCUGGUACGACUCCUUCACAGGUGUGCCCGUGUGCCAGCAGAACAUCUCUCUGGAGAAGGCCAGCGUGCUUUUCAACAUUGGUGCUCUGUAUACACAGAUUGGGACGCGCUGCAAUCGGCAGACCCGCAACGGACUCCAGGAUGCCAUCAGUGCCUUCCAGAAGGCAGCAGGGGUUCUGAACCAUCUGAAGGAGACGUUCACCCACACACCCAGCUAUGACAUGAGCCCAGCCAUGCUCAGCAUGCUGAUCAAGAUGAUGCUUGCACAGACCCAGGAGUGUCUGUUUGAAAAGACUGCGCUGCCUGGCAUUCGCAACGAGUACUUCUCCCUCCUCAAAAUGGCUCAGGAGGCUGCCAAGGUUGGAGAUACUUACGAUCACGUCCACCAGUCCAUGAUCCAGACACCAAUCAAAGACAACGUCCCUUUCUUCUGGUCCACGAUGGCUCAGGUGAAGACCAACCACUACCGCUCCCUGGCCCACUACUUUGUGGCCACUGCGCUGCUCGACCAUGAAUUGAGUCCCAGUGAUGAUGAGGACCAACAGGAGAAGGCCCUGUCCCAGCUGUAUGAGGCAAUGCCCGAUGGACGCUCUCCUCUCGACAUUCUCAAGAAUAAGGAGCAUCGCCAGCGCAUUGGGAAAGCUCACCUGCGGAGAGCCAUCAUGGGCCAUGAGGAGGCCCUGCGCAUCCACGGCUUGUGCCGUCACCUUCGCAAGCUGGACAUCCUGCGCGACAUCCUACAGGCCAGCCACAAGCGCUCACUCGCCAAGCUGUCUGACAACGAGUCUGAAGAUGAGUUCACUGAUUACAUGGAGGCGCCUGACAUCAUCUCUAAAACGGAUCAAAAAGCUGAAAUGGAAAUGCCUGUAUCAACAAAGGUGAAAGUCAAAGACUUUUUCCACAAGCUGGGCCCGCUCUCCGUGUUCUCAGCCAAACAGAGGUGGACAGCCCCUCGCACUGUGCGAGUGCGCAUCGAGGACCGUGACCUGGGAUUCACCCUGAAGGGAGACGCACCCGUCCAGGUUCAGUCCCUGGACCCACUCUGCUCAGCAGCAGCAGAUGGGCUAAAGGAAGGAGACUACAUUGUGGCUGUCGGAGACACAGACUGCAAGUGGAUGGGCUUGAGCGAGGUGAUGAGGCUGCUGAAGGAUGUGGAUGAGGAGGGCGUGGAUAUCCGGGUGGUCAGCAUGAUGGACAGCAGUAUCCCUGUGCCCACCAAGAGUGCUACCUACAGUGGUGGCCUGCCCAAAACCUACUCCAUGAUCUGUCUGGCAUUUGAUGAUGAUGAUAAAGGCACUAAGUCCAGGAAGGUCACCAAAAAAUUGUCCUUCCUCAGCUGGGGUCUAAAGAACAAGCACAAGAGUGCCAGCACCCUCAGCUUGCCCACUGCUGAUUACUCGGGCACCUCACCCUGGAACAAGCAGGGCCCCACCUUCCCCAGUUCCAACAAUGACAGUGCGCUUUAUUAGGGCCUAUGCUCAUAGCUCAUACAUUGUACAUACACAAACUCCUCUAAAUAUUUAUACAAACAAAAAGAUGUGUUUUAAGAGAAUACACAUUGCACAAUACACACUUUUAUUUUAUACAGUAUCUGUUCUGUUUUUACCUGUCAUUACUGUUUAAACAUGUGCUGCUUUUACUGAUACAUUGGUAUUAAAAAGGGGUGGUUUAUGUUUUGCACACUAGGACAGCUUGGUAUAGGUCUUGUUUUAGCUGUUUGCAUGUUACAGUGCAUUCUGGUACAUUAUGUCCUACAGGUGUAUUACAAAUCUAUAGUACUGGGGCAAUACUGUUAAACUUUUAUGGUGUAAAGAUGUGGAUGUUGAAACAAAGACUUAAUGCAAUAACCAUGAAUAAUCUAAUCACACAGUAGGCACCCAUAAAUUAACCCUAACUGGAAAAAUGCAGUUUUUUUGUGGUAUUAUUAUUAUGCCAAUAUAUGUAUAAGGGCAGGUGAAGGUA